GGACGUCGUAGGCGGCGCGGUGGACGAGUUGGAAGUUUGCGCGGCUGGGGGGGUAUUUGGUGGAUUUUGAGAGAGAGAGGGCGGAGGGAGAGGUGGGGAGGUAGGGGGGGAGGUUGAGGGAUUGGCGGAUGGGGAUGGAGGCGCGGUAGUUGUGGUAGACGUUUUUGAGGCCUGUUUUGUAGAAGGACAGGUAUGCGCGGCCGAGGGUGAUGAGGCGUUUGGCUUUGUCGGCUGCUGGGGCGGAGGGAUCGAGGGGGGAGGGGAGGGUGAGGUCUGCGGGGCGGGUUGAGGGAGGCGGGUUGACAUCGUCUGGGAGGGGGUGGGAUGCGAUUGAUGAGGUGGAGGGGACUGUUGAGGAGGUGGGCUGCGCGGAGGAUGGAGGGCGAGCGUGGGAUUUGGGAGAGGAGUGGGAGGAAUAUGGUCGGUAGAGGGGGGUACUAGCGAUGAAGGAGAUCGCCGGAGGGGCGCGGCGAGUGAGG